ACUUACCGGAUUUGACAAAUGAAAUAUUGAAGAUUAUGACAAUAAUUGAAGCGACAUUAGAAAAAUAAAAUUCCAGACAAAUUAUCUUUUUGAAGACUAGGCAGCAUGGUCUCCGACCUUAGCCUGUUCCAAACGGAACAAACGUACUAAAAAAAAAAAAAUUAAAAAUUUAGCAAAUUAUUAAAAUAAUGUUGCAGCUAUAUAAACAAUGAGCCUCCGCGAUAGAUUAAAACCCAUUUUAAAAGUAUUAAAAACUGCAUCAUUAUGGGGCAGCGGUGGAUUUUUCGUUGCUUAUCAUAUUCGUCAAACCUGCAAGUCAAUAGAUAGUAUUGUAAAUACAAGGGUGCUUGAAAGCGAAAAGAAACAAACCGCCGAAUAUAUUUACAUUGACGAUCCAACCUAUACACUUACUUUAAAAAUGGAACAGGAUCGACAAUCCAGACAGUCGGUGGGCUUAGCGCGUAUAUGGAAAAGUUUGAAGCAUUCUUUAGCAUGGAAAUUACUGUGGUUGUGUAGACAUGGUAACAAGGAGCAGAGAAACAUAGCUCUAGAGCAACUUGCCGCAUUUAAGAACAACAAAAGUUGGGAUUGUUUAAAACUAGCUCAGGCCUUAGACAAAAAUACUGCUGUAUUGCUUGCACGAACGCGUGGUGCUGAUCUUCGUUAUUUUUUACCGCCGCCGAUUCAUGUACGACGAGCCGCUUUAACCACAGAAUUACUGUCAUUCAAAUUAAAGGAUAUUAUUGUAGCCGCGCAAAGUGUCAAUCCACACAGCUGCAUACAACAUUUUCUUUCUAAAUAUUUUACUAAUGUGCAAGAACAAGCUAUGGAGGCUGACAGUAUACCUAUAAAGCCGGAUAGAAUAACUGAAAGAGAUUUGUGUUUAUUGUGCCUUGAUGCACUCCACCAUCACAUUAGUUUGUUUCAUACAAAAGAAUAUAAUGAUGAUAUUUCUGCAAAAACUGUAAUAAAUUUAGGUCUAUUGCCAAAAUUAGCCGAGCUUAUGUUGAGAUAUCGUAAUGAUGUGGAACUAGAUAUGGCUAUAUUGAGAAUAUUUACUGUUUUAAGUGUCCACUCAGGUUUACUUACAGAUUUUUUUCAAAAUGGAUUGAUUGGAGAAUUAUCUCGAUUAUUGAGAUCAAAAGACGUCCGUCUAUCGAGUUCCGCUGCAGUUUGUUUAGCUAAUUUAUCAGGUGAAUACUGUUACCGGCCAGGAUUGUAUCUUUUACAUCCAAUAUAUAGAACAACUACUCCACCUUCCUGUGAUACUCUAUUGGUGCAUGGCCUUAGAGGUGGAGUAUUUGUGACAUGGCGGCAAAGGGACAGAAAGUGUGCUGAGCCUAUUGGAAUAAUAGAUGUAACUAUAUCUGACAUAGAUUGUGAUCCAUGUGAAGAAAAAGGUACUGAUAAAAAUAAGUACUUAGAUCCAGAUUUGCAACAAGUGAUGGAAGAUCUUAUAGAAUUAGAAGAUGAAGCUUUAUUGUCUGAAGUGGAGGUUGUACUUCAUGAUCUCCCUAUAGAGGCUAAAAGAGAAAAAGCUGGCUCUUAUGAUUAUGCAGCUAAUAAAAAGAGGUUAGCAUUAAUACAAGAGGAACAAGACCGUUGCAAUUAUACAUUUUGUUGGCCAAAAGAUUGGCUCCCGAAGGAUUGUGACAAUUUGAGGAUAAUGGGUGUAAAUUAUUGGAGUACUUUAUCUGAGUGGCUUGAGAGAUGCCCACUUCAAACAGCAGAUAUAGCGGUGCGAGCUGCUGAUUUAGCUCCUGCCUUAAUUGAUGCUGGUGUGGGGAGUAAGAAUACUCCAGUGGUUUGGUUAACUCAUUCUAUGGGUGGUUUAAUUGCAAAACAAGUCCUUAUAGAAUCAGCACAAAGUAAAGAUCCUGAAUCUCAAAAUUUGUCCAUCAAUACUAAAGCUAUAUUCUUUUAUAGCACACCACACAAAGGCAGUUCUUUAGCCACAAUGCCACGAGCUGCUGCUGCUGUUCUAUGGCCUUCUAGUGAUGUGAGACAGUUGCAAGUUAACUCACCAGUUUUACUUGACUUGCAUAAUACAUUCAUUAAAUUUGCUGACAUGUUUGGCUGGGAAACCAUAAGUUUUGCUGAGACUAUGCCUACUUUAGUGACUGCAUUCAAAGUUCCUAUACGUUUUGUAGAGUCUGUUUCAGCAGAUUUGGGUCGGGGUGCGUUUUAUCAACUGCCAUUGGAUCAUUUAUCAAUAUGUAAACCGGCUACUCGGCAGUCAGUUUUGUACACCACAUUAUUAGAAGUGAUACAGAAAGUGACUGCUAAUGAUGUUGAAAUGGUAUCAUAUUCAAAUCCAUUUGUGCAAUAUUUAGUUGAACUCCUAUGGAGGUUGCUAAGAAGCAAAGCAAAGCGAAUGCUGGAUACCUUUGAUGAUACACAGAGCAAUGAGGGUCUGCGUUGGUUUGAACAAAUUCUCUUAGAAUCGUUCACUGACGACUUUACUGAUUGAUUUAUCAAAAUUAUAUAAUAAACAUAUUUAUUUUUUCUCAAUAAGGUUAAAAUAUGGCCACAUUAGGUAAUUUAUUAAAAUACACUCAGUAUUAUUUUCAUUGAAAUGAUUUAUUUUUAUUUUAGUAGGAUGAGAAGAAUUUUUUUGGUUUUGUUGUUUUAUCUACCUACCUACCACCAUACUUGGGGUAAAUACUAAGUAUGGUACAGAGUGGACUGUGAAUUAUGCAGUUACAUAGUAAUUAAUUUAUUAGAGAUUAGGUAUAUGAUAUUUUAAUAGGUCAGAGUGAAUCUUCUUUCUGUAAUAUGAUGAAUCUUUAUAAACUUUUUAUAUUUAACAAAAUGGUGCUAAUACUUAUCUUUCUUUAUACUAUUUUUUAUUUUAUUUUUCAAUCUAUAUUUCUGUUUAAUAAUAUAUUAAUGUUGAAAACAAUUAUCUAAAGUAUGUAGUAAUGUUGCUGCUAAUUCUAAAUGAAUAAUUUUGACAUUUUUUUUUUGUAAUUAUGUAUAACUUGUGUUUAUUUUUUUGUUUCUAUUUUGUUUGUAUAGUUUAUCAUUUAAAUGUAAGUUAAUAUAGCAAGAACUGUAUUGAUUUUGCUAUAAUUUUGCUGUAUAUGUCUUGAGUAGACAUUACUAGAUAUAUUGACUUGAUAAUUAUGUAUAUAUGUUAAAGACAUUACAAAUAUUUAUAUACUUAAUAAUUAUAAUGGAGAUUAAUAAUAGGAGGAAAUAUAAUAAUAAUGAUAAUUAUUAUUAUAAAAAUUGUUCUUUUUCUAUAUUAGUUAUCGUAAAAGCGACAUCUGUGUAAUAAAUAUCUCAUUAUUGAGCUGUGUUAGAUCUAUAUCUGUUGGCUACAACACUGACUAUUAGUUUAGUAGGUAAUGAAUAGAUGACGCUAAUUUCUGAAACAUAUUUACCUUACAUAUUUAGAAAGAGGGAAUUAUAUAUUUUUCUAGAUACCUAGGUGGGCAGCUGUCUAGUAUCUAGACAUCUGCCAAAAGUAGCCUAGACUCUAGACUAUUUUUGUAAAAUAUCGUACUCAGAAAUGAACACCAAACGAUCUAUUGUUUUUCGUUAAUAAAACUAGAUGGCGCUACCUAUAUUAAUUUGUGAAAAAAAUAUAAUAAUGUACAUCAAUAGCUUUUUUCAUACCUAUACCAUAUAGAAUGGAUUAUGUAUUAAUACAAACUAAACAGACAUAUACAACGUUGUAUUGAAAAAUGCAAAUUACUGCUAUAUUAUAUAAUGUGAAACUUACAAAAAUCAUUUGAUACUUGUUAUAAUUUUAUGACCAUUAACAAUAAAGUAUGUUGAAUAUU